GUGCUGGCUGGGAGGAGGAGGAGAGACAGGAAGCGGGGAUAAUACAGAACAGAGGGAUCCCCCUAGCCCGUGGUGGGGCUGCCCCUCUUUCAUUACAGCUGCAAAGAAAUCCAGCUGCCUCCAUUGUGAGCCGGGAAGCUGGGCUGUGCCGGGGACGUGGGAUCUUGCCAGCCAGGGACUUUCUCAUUGUUGCAAUUGUUCGCCCUGGCGUCCUAGGGCAGCCCCGGGCUCUGCCGACACCAGCUCCCACCGGAGCCUGCAGGGGCUGGUGGCCUUUGAUGUCUGUGUAUCUUACCAUGGAUCAAUGGGCUGCUGUGGAUCCUGAUCAGAAACCUUUGUGCAGGGGUGGCAUACAGGAGAACGAUGAUCCCCUGGUGACUCUGACUGGGGACAGGGCAGCGAGUGAGACCGAGGAGGAGAAUCCUGGGGAGGAAGGCCCCGAGAUCGUGGAACUGGAUCCAGCGUUGCUGGGCAGGCCGGAGGGGGCUGGGGCCAGGAGCCUGGAGGAGCAGGGCCCGGCCUGCGAGAGCCUGCGCUGGACGGUGGUGCAGCAGAUCGACUCUCCCGGAAAGCCGAUGCAGCGGCGGGGCAAGUCAGCUGGUGCCAGCUUCCAGAACUUCAAGAGCAUCAUUGUGCUGCAGAAAAGCUACGAGUGUGGUGAGUGCGGCAAGACCUUCAGCUGCAGCUCGCACUUCAGCAAGCACCGGCGCACCCACACCGGCGAGAAGCCCUUCCGUUGCCUGCACUGCGGGAAGAGCUUCAACGUCAGCUCCAACCUCUACCGCCACCAGCGGGCCCACGCCGCCGAACGGGCCUGCCCACGCCCCGAGAGCUCCCCACCAUCGGUGCCAGCCAGCGCCCCUGCCCCCGCCACCCCUCGGCCCCGGGGGCUGCCCUAUAAGUGCGAGGAGUGUGGCAAGAGUUUCCGGCGCAACACUGAACUGGUGACCCACCAGCGGCUGCACACGGGGCGCCUGCCCUUCCAGUGCUCCCACUGCGGGAAGAGCUUCUCCUGGAGCUCCCACUUCGACCGGCACCAGCGCAUCCACACCGGUGAGAAGCCCUACCAGUGCCCCGAGUGCGGGAAGUGCUUCAGCCGCAGCUCCCACCUCUACCGGCACCAGCGCACCCACGCUGGGGGCCGCUCCUACAUCUGCACCUACUGCGGGCGCAGCUUCAACAGCACCCUGCACUUCGACCGGCAUCAGCGCACCCACACUGGCCUGCGCCCCUACAAAUGCACCCUGUGUGGCAAGGGCUUUGGUGAUGGGCUGGCCCUGGUCAAGCACCAGCGCCUGCAUCUGGGGGACGGGCCCUUCCACUGUGAAGAGUGCGGCAAGAGCUUUGGGGCAAGGGCGCAGUAUGCCCGGCACCGGCGCAGCCUGCACGGCACUGCCGCCGGCAGCACCGGUGGCGAGAAGCCCUACCGCUGCAGCGACUGUGGCAAGAGCUUCUCCUGGAGCUCCCACUGGGAGCGGCACCAGCGUAUCCACACCGGGGAGCGCCCCUACCAGUGCAGUGACUGCGGCAAGCGCUUCGGCCGCACCUCCCACCUCUACCGGCACCAGCGCACCCAUGCCGGCGGCCAGCCCCACGUCUGUGCUGACUGCGGCAAGAGCUUCAACAGCACGCUGCACUUCCACAAGCACCAGCGGGCCCACGCUGGUGAAGCCCCCUGCCACGCCUGUCCCGACUGCGGCAAGACCUUCGCCGAUGGCUCCGCUCUGGCCAAGCACCGACGCACCCACACCGGAGAGCGGCCCUUCCCUUGCCCCCAGUGUGGCCGGCGCUUCAGUGUCAGCUCCCACCUGUACCGCCACCUGAGGAGUCAUGCUGAGGAGAAGCCACUGGAGGAGAUCACGUCCUACUAGAGAUCAGCUCCUCUUCCCGCUUUGUCUGGGAGAGGAAUCCCCCCAUGCUGGAGGUUCAGCUCACCGGGACCUGGCCGCCCCUCUCUGGGCACGGGAGUGAACUCCAUGCGCUACCAGCCAGAUUGUUAGUGGUGCUUACCUCACAGGGACCUGGCCAUGGGGAUCGCUGACCCUCAGGGGUAGGUGAGACCUCUAGGAGAGCAGCGGGCAGCCCCGUUGUGGGCACCUCGGGGCUACAGGGACGGGCGCAGUGUAAGGUCCCAAUCUGGAGCCCCUUGAAGGGCUCCACGUCGAUGGGGUCUGGAUCAGGCCCUGAGGAUAUAGGUAGAUAAGGUAGAUUAGGUAGGUAGGGUAGGUAGGAGGUAGAGCAGAGUGGUGGCAGUGCUAGGGGGCUGGGCGGGAUGGAAAUAAGAGAGGGAAAUGGUGUGGGAUUGAGGGUGUAUUACCCUCUCGCUCACUCUGGUGUAAAUCAGGAGUAACCUCACUGGAGUCAUUGGGGCCGAUUCCCCUCCCCCUGGUGUAAAUCAGGAAUAACCCCACCGGAGUCACUGGGGCUAAUUCCCCUCUCACUCACCCCAGUGUAAAUCUGGAGUAACUGCAUUGGAGUCACAGGGACUGGUUCUCCUCCCCUCACCCUGGUGUAAAUCAGGUGUAGACCCACUGGAGUCACUGAGGCCAAUUCCCCUCUUGCUCACCCCAAUGUAAAUCAGGAGUAGCCCCACCGGAGUGACUGGGGCUGAUUCCCCUCUCACUCACCCCAGUAUAAAUCAGGAGUAGCCCCACUGGGGUCACUGGGGCUGAUUCCCCUCUCACUCACCCCAGUAUAAAUCAGGAGUAGCCCCACUGGGGUCAGUGCAGUUACAGGAAUGUGAGGCGGAUCAGGCACUGAGCACCUGCAGGCUGGGGCGAAUGAGUGAUAGUAUCUGGGGAUCAGGUAGGUGGGUCGGGAGAUGGCAAGAAAGAUGGGAGCCAGAGGGGGAGGGGAAAUGAAGUGUUUGGGGAUCAGGGUGGCUGUGCGGUGGGCGCAAGAGAGGGCUGUGGCAGAUGGAGGACUGGCAUGUCUUUGGACUGGGCUGGUGGGGCAGACAAUAGCACUGCUAGGGGUCUCCAAGCUGAGGAGGAUGGGACCAAGUUUACUGCCACUCCUUUUCUGGGUUUCCAUGCCCUAUCCCCUGCCUCCUGAUUAACAGGACCCAGGAGGAGAAGAAACCAUGCCACACGGAACCCCCCGCAAGCCAUCCCAUCCAGGAGGGGAAAUGCAGGGGACUCAGCAUGGAGAGAGCCUGGGAGGGGGAGAGAGCUUGGUGUGUAACGCGCCUGACUCCAGCAGGAAUGAGACAGAAAACCUUAGAGUAGCAUGUGAUUAACUUGCAGAGUUCACAGCUACAGGAGAUGACUGGGGCAAACAGCUCAGCAAAGCCUCUGCCAGCUCCAUGGAGCAGUCUGGGGCUGUUGACUUCCAAGUGACUUCCUGCGUGUGUGAAAAUCUCCUUUAGACACAAGCCCCCCAAGUCCCGAUCCUAAUUCAGAGCAUGAGGAACAAGAACCCGCUCUCCCCUGGUCUAGGGAUAUGGAGGGGGUGAGUUUCUGUAAACGAAGGAAGCUAAUCACUCCUGAAAUAAGCUAUCCAAAUGGGGGCUCAGAAAGUCGUGAGCUUCAUCAGCUACACUCGUUGGAAGGAUCUGGGAGGUAUUUACAUACCAGGAAAUCUGUUGUUGUUAGAGGUCAGAUUCUUUGCUGGUGUCAGUUGGCAUCCAGGGACAUCUUCCCAUUUAUCCCAGGUGAUAAGUUAACCCUUUCUCUACAGUAGGCUCGGGCCUUGUCUACACAUCAAAGUUGACUUGCUUUAUAACUCGAUGGGUACAGUUAAAGCAGUACAAUCCUCACCCCUUUUAGUAUGAAUGUUAACAUCAUCAUCACAGCAAAUCCCAAAGGGAUGUAACCUCCCUGCAGAUUGAGCGCUACCCAAAUUAAUUUGUAGCUAGAUCCUCAGGAUGGUCUGGAUGGAUGGUCAGUGUACACUGGUGAGCUUAUCAAAGUCUUUGACGACCAUGUGAUCGCUGGCUGUGUAGCAGUGUUCCUUGGUAACUGUACUUUGUAAUUCAUUAUUACUCCUGAGGGCAUUCUGUGCCAAAAAAAAAAAAUCUGCACCAAAAAAAAUUAAAACUCUGCGCACAAUAUUUUAAAAUUCUGCAAAUUUUAUUUGUCAGAUAAAUGUAGAGGCUCCAGCAUGGCGUUGUGGAGCACCGGCCACUGGCUGCACAGAGGUGGGAAAUCACUCUGCAGCUCCCUCCCAAGACACAGACUCAGCGGUCAGGCUGCACCCAACCCUGACACAGCGCAAGGACAGGGCCUGCCCCAGAAACACCCCAUGGCCCUGCCCCUCUUUGCCAGGUGUACCAGGUAGGCUAAGCAAGACAGGAUCUUAGUGUGUGGGGGAAUCCAGGUGUGGGUUGAGAGGGUUCUGUAUGGGGCCAUCUGGGUGUGGGUGGCUCAGUGGGAGAUCCAGGUGUGGCGGGGAUUUGAAUGCACAGGGGAUUG